AUGUCUACUAUUAAUGAAAUAAUUGUGGAAAUUAAGGAACUUAUAAAUCUCAUUAAUGAAAAUGAGCGUCAUUUACGUGAUUGUGUGCAAAAGCUUAAAAGUUUAUUAUUAGUCAAAAAUCUUGAAAAUUUAUCCAAAAUUCUAGGUGAAAAAUUUGAAAAAAAGCAAGAUAUUGGUGGAAUACUCGACAAAAUACUCGAAGAAACUUCUGGUGAUAAUGAUUUUA